AUGGCGUUCGCGAAGAAGCUGGCUUUCGGUCUCGCGCUCUCCAUCCGCUUGGGGCAGAGCACCGACGGCUGGGAUCAGAAGUCCUUGGCCCACGACGACGAGUGCGACCGGGACUCCGAGGAGUGCGCGGUGUCGGAGCUCCAGCUGGGCGCCAGGGCCAAGGCCAUCCAGAACGCUUCCCAGCACCUCAUGGGGCCCCCAAGCACGCCCUUCCAGUACAACGGCAUCGAGUGGCCGGCCUUGAAGGUGGGGAAGAGCGGACCGGCGCACUUCUUUGCGAUUGGGGAUUGGGGUGGCAUGGAUGGAGCCCUUCACCCUCCCAAUGAGUGCAUGCCUCAUGGCCACACUCCCGGCUGCCGGCCCCGGAUCAUCGCCUACCGCGGCGGCCAGACUCCGGGGCCCCACGUCUUCCCGCGCACCCGUUGGAACAAGGCACACUCGGAGCUCCUCUGCUCCCACGACCAGUUUGUGGCUUGCUUCGAUGGGGGAGAGCACAAGGGGGAGCACUGCGUCCCGGGCUGCGGCUUCGUCCCAGGAGUCGACACGCAGCCGCAGAUCCUGGUUGCCAAUGCCUUCAGGGCGCGUGCCGGCCUGGUGAACCCGGACUUUAUCUUGAACGUCGGGGACAACUUCUAUUGGGGAGGUAUCGAGGAGAACUGCGGCGCCUCCAUGCACGGCAUUACCUCGACCACGCGCCAUCAGUUCGAUUCCAUCUUCGAGGGUGUCUACCAAGGCGGUGGCCUCAGCAACAAGCCCUGGAUCAGCGUCCUUGGCAACCACGACUGGGGAGGCAGGCAGUUCAACAACGGCUGGGACCAGCAGAUUGCCUACACCUGGGCCAGCAACCGAUGGAUCAUGCCUGCACCAUACUACAGCAUGAGAAUCGAGUAUUCGGGCUUCUCCAUCGAUGUCUUCGCCAUCGACAGCAAUGCCAUGGAUGCCAAGUCCCCCGAGGAGGACCCAGAGCACAACAUGUGCGGCCGAAAGCACAACCCCCCAGGAGCCACAUGUGCUUCUAUCGGGGGUCCCGCCAACGUGGAUUCGUGCCACCAGUGGUUCAUGGAGUUCUGGGGCAAGAACAAGGCCUGGGCUUUGCAGAAGGUGCCGCAGAGCAACGCGGAUUGGCAGAUCGGUUUGACCCACUUCCCCUGCGGCCACGAGAGCGGCUUCUAUGCUCAGCUCCACGGCAUGGGCAUGGACCUCCUGGUCACCGGCCACCGCCACGACCAGGAGCUCCACGACCACUCGGGCCCCGGCGGCAUGACCUGCAUCGUGACGGGAGGUGGCGGAGGGAUCACGUCCGAGGCAACACCGAAUCCCAUGGACCGCACGCACUGGUACGGCGAGGGGCAGUAUGGAUUCUACGACUUUACCGUCGACAAGAGCAAGAUCUACAUUGAGUCCAUCAACUAUGACGGAAAGGUCCUGAAGACUGCGACCGUUUAUCCGAGCCGUUGA